CAAAUUUUCCUCUGCAGCAUUCUCUCUUGAAACAUCUCCAGCCUACCAAAAGAGGCAAAGAAGCUCCACAUCGAGCUUCUUCCUUGUCUCUUUUACCUGAACGAAAACGAAAGCUCCACAAAAGAAUAAGCACCAGAUUGAGAGCCUCCCCUCUUUCUUCUCAUUCCCUUGUCGAUUCUGAUUUCAGAGCCCACAAAAUUCCGAUCACUAGAAGCAAUGCGGACCAACAGAGGAAAGAUCCCAAAGAAUUCAUGGCCGGGAGCAGUAGUGAGGAAAUGGCUUAACAUACCAACCGGAGGGGACGAGUUCCAUUCCGAUUACUCUGUUAAAAAUGCAACUGAGAGUAGGAGGAAGAGUUGUUCGGACCAGGACCACUACGUCGUCGUACCGGACGAUAUUGCAGAUGGGUGGUUGAUGGAGGAAACUUACGGCCCAAGUUUUACGCCGGAGGCACCAGCUGUCACCGACAAUCUCAACCUCAGGAUGUUCGUGGGGACGUGGAAUGUUGGAGGCAAGUCACCACACGAGGACUUGAACUUAAGGGAAUGGCUUAGAACCCCAACUCCUGCAGAUAUCUAUGUUCUCGGGUUCCAAGAAGUUGUUCCUUUGAACGCUGAAAAUGUAUUAGGUGCCGAGGACAAGGGCCCGGCUGACAAGUGGCUUUCCCUUAUUCGCGACGCUUUAAACAAGAAUGACCCUGGACGUCCUAAUCACAACAAUGUCAGCCAUAAUGAUCAUCAAGCACAGCUUGAUCAGCAAGGCAACAUGGUGCCGAGGCUCAGCUUCUCGGACUUGCUUUCCUUAGAAGAUGAGCUCAGUACUGCAGAUUUCGAAAGACUGCUGAAUUUGAAUCCCGCAUCAACUUCUAGUGGAGAAAUCUCACCGUGCACCCCGUUUGGGCAGGGGAUGCAGGGUGUAAGUCCAAUGCAACGACAUCGUUAUUGCUUAGCAGCGAGCAAGCAGAUGGUGGGAAUUUUCUUGUGUGUGUGGGUUCGUGCUGAUCUUUGCAGACACAUUAGCAACAUGAAAGUCUCGUGUGUUGGUAGAGGCAUAAUGGGAUAUCUUGGGAAUAAGGGUUCAGUUUCAAUAAGCCUGACAUUGCAUAACACAACCUUUUGCUUUGUCUGUGCUCACUUAACUUCUGGUGAGAAAGAAGGGGAUGAGAUGAGAAGGAAUUCAGAUGUCAUAGAAAUUUUGAAGAAGACAAAGUUUUCUAACUCUUGUAGAACACGACCAGUUCCUCCUGAUAGCAUAAUGGACCAUGACAAGAUUAUUUGGCUUGGGGAUUUAAAUUACCGGCUAGCAGCUGCUUGCGCCGACACUCAUGAGCUUCUGCAGAAGCAAAAUUGGCAAGCACUUUUAGAGAAAGAUCAACUAAGAAUGGAACAACAAGCUGGUAGAGUAUUCAAAGGGUGGGAAGAAGGGAGGAUAUAUUUUGCUCCAACAUACAAGUACCUUGCAAAUUCUAAUCAUUAUGUUGCCCAAACUUCGAAUUCUAGAGAGAAGAGACGCACUCCCGCCUGGUGUGACAGGAUUCUAUGGAAAGGAGAAGGCCUUAAACAGAUGUGGUAUUUGAGAGGCGAAUCAAAGUUCUCGGACCACAGACCGGUCUAUUCUUUGUUUUCGGUCCAGAUAGACUUGGCCAGCAAGAAAAGACCCAAAGCUGCUGUUCCCACAAACACAGCAAGUAACAACAGAGUUUGUCCGAAUUCUCGAUUGCCGGUAACAUGCGUGGCCAAAGUGCAAGCCGAAGAGCUUUUAGUACUCACAAGAGCAAAAAGCUGCUUAGACACAAGUUCAUCCAGGUUCUGAGUCACACAAGCUAUAUAAGGUUCCUUUUUAAGGACCAAUGCAGAACUUGGAGAUCAACUAGCAGCGCAGUUGUAAUGGGGUCUCUGAAACUGAACAGAAGCACCAGCAGUUGGGUUUCUGACACGUUCCGGACAUUUUCGACGGUUUGGGACGGUGGGGUGAUGAUAUAUAGAUGUAUAGUGAGUAGUGAACUACAAGCAAGAGUGCGGACUAGUGAGGAGUUAGCAUGGAGAGUGAAGUGGCUGCAGCUCUGGGCAUCUCGGACAUGCGUGAAAGCGUGGGGUUUAUAAAGCUAUUUUGAAAGGGGGAACCAGCUUUUGAUACAAGUUGAUUUUGGUGCUGGUGAUGGCAGAGGAAUUUUAUUCUCUUUUCUUUGAAUUAAAUAGAGGAGAGGAUGUAGGACAGUUUCAAGUGAAGGCUGGGUUUAAGAGGAAGUGGGAUGAUAGGGGUUUGAACUAGGAGAUUGUCAUUUCACUCAUUUGGGUUGCCUUCUACAAAAUAUUAAUGAAAUUAUUUCAAUCCAUGUGGUCUUUGAACUA